CCACGCUCAAUUUCUUUCUUCUGACAGCGACAAGUUCUCAUGAGCACGCGCAAGAAAUCUCAGCGCAAACGAAUACCUGCGGCUCUGCAUUCUGAGCUCACUGAAUACUCAUCACUCCUUCGCUCUCUUCGAACAAAUGAUAAUCUGGAUGUCACCUCCCAGCUCACAAGGUACUUUAACCAUAAGGGCAAGGAAAAGGCCCAAAUAUACGACGACGACGACAGCGAAUGCAUAAAUGAUGGGGAUGUGGAUUUCAAGGAUGUAGGAUCUGACGUCGAAGAAGAACUUGUUUCAGAUGUAGAGGCUGGCUCCAGUUGUAGGACCAAUAAAAGUUCUACGAAGCGGAAACAGGCUUCAUGGCCUCAAUCUUUAGCUACAGAGGAUAUCAUGUCAACAAAGACGAAUCCAUCUACACAUGAAACUUGGACGAGAUGGCCUCUCCUUGCACAGGAUGUACCCUAUCCGGAAUGGACACUCCAGGACGAGGUGGCACAUAUCACUGCAUUUCUUUUGCGUGAUACGUCUUCGUCUCCUUCAGACGUGGACUCUGACCCGAAUUCCUCAAACUCUUCACUGAUUUCCACUUUGACCCUUUCCUCUUCACGCUAUCUUGAUAGUAUACUCGCUUCCUUAGCUGCAAUAAUACCGAAGCGCUCAGUUAGCAUGAUCAAUCGUUUGGCACCAGCCGGAUGGCAAUCGGUUCUAGCAGCUGCACAACUUCAGGCUGCUAGUCAGGCAAGUGGGGGUUUUUCAACAAAAAGGGUACUAGAACGCGUUCAGAGAAGACUGGAAGAUAUAUACGGGUCACCGUCACUCCCACGUACAAUUGUCGCGUCAUCCAGCAAAAGAGCUGCCAAUACGGAAACAACCAGCUCGAACGUGCCAGCGACUUCAACUUUACCGCUUUCUUCCUCUGCUGUUGCAUCAUCAAAUACUCAAACCUCCAACUCGUCUACACUCCCGUCUAACUCUCAUUUACUUUCAAGUCAUCGCAUUCAGACCCUACAUGCAUCGUCCAGCAAACUCUCCACCGCCUUCACAUCAUAUGGCGCAUCUCCUUCUGACCUAUACACUCUCGACUUUGGUUAUCCCGGGAUAGGGUUUUCUCUUCCUGAAGGAUGGGCCAAGGACUGGUUCGCCAAUCGCGAGCAAGAAAAGAUAAAUGCUGCAAAGGAGCAAAAGAAAGGGAAACGCAGGCGGAAAAAAGAGGGCAAUAAAAAUCAGGUUUCGGAGGAAACUUUGAAUAAUCCAAGAAGAAGUAAUAGGAAUCGGAAGGUGAAGCAAGUUGGUACGGAGGGAGAUGAGGCCCAAAGUAACGGUGUUUCUCUGCACGAACAGCAGUUCCUGAAUGGUGAUGGGGACGGCGAGGUUCUAGAUGAAGAAGGAUGGGAGAAGGAAGGACGAACUCUUUCCAAACGAGGAAAAAGAAAACGUUCUGAGGAAGAUGAAGAGGGAAACGAUGGCAGAGACGGCUUGAUACCAUCAAAAAAGAAGCGAAAACCCGUUAGAGGGAAAUCACAGACACCCUCCAGGAAGAAAUUCAAGAGCGCAGAGUCUGUUGUCGAUUGUGAUUGACAACAUCGGAUGCGUGUGGUCCAGUUAUUAUUCCUACCUUGAAUGUGGCCGAUGGAGGCUUGGGAUGAGUUCACAGACAUGUAUUUUACGUACAGUAUCCUUGCAGAUCCUUGCAGAUGCCCGGGCCAAUGAGUAGAAGCGAAUACUUACUAGAUUAUUGUUAUGAUUCACUUUUACCACUGGAAUUUCUCUAGCUUGCGUUCUAGAUAUCUUCGUUUAACGCGCGACUCAACAGUUAUGAUACAUUUUGUUUGCUUGA